AUGUACACCUCGUCAUCGGUCGGCCAGGCCAUCCAUGACUCGGUCGGCCAGGCCAUCCAUGACUCGGUCGGUCAGGCCAUCCAUGACUCGGUCGGUCAGGCCAUCCAUGACUCGGUCGGCCAGGCCAUCCAUGACUCGGUCGGUCAGGCCAUCCAUGACUCGGUCGGUCAGGCCAUCCAUGACUCGGUCGGUCAGGCCAUCCAUGACUCGGUCGGCCAGGCCAUCCAUGAUUCGGUCGGCCAGGCCAUCCAUGACUCGGUCGGCCAGGCCAUCGGUCGGCCAGACCAUCCAUGA